AUGGUUCUGUCAAAGAUCGCUCCCCUUUCUAUCUUCCUGGCCUCUGCAUCUCUGGUUGCCGGCCACGGCUUCGUCUCUAGUAUCCUAGCAAAUGGCCAAAACUACACCGGCUAUAUUGUCAACUCCUACCCGUACAUGAGCGAUCCCCCAGAGAGCGUGGGCUGGGCCACAACGGCGACCGACCUAGGCUUCGAAGAUGGCACCGAAUACCAAGCCCCAAACAUCAUCUGCCACCGCAACGGCACCAACGCCGCCCUCUCAGCAACCGUGACUGCCGGCUCCAAGAUCGAAAUCCAAUGGACAACCUGGCCAGACUCCCACCACGGCCCGGUCAUCACAUACCUAGCCUCAUGCAAUGGCGAUUGCAGCACAGUCGACAAGACCACUCUCAAGUUCUUUAAGAUCGAUGCGGUCGGUCUGAUCGACGAUACCACUCCCCCCGGUACUUGGGCUACUGACCAGCUCAUUGCGGCUGGCAACCGCUGGACGGUGACUAUUCCCAGUAGCAUUGCGUCGGGUAACUAUGUGAUGCGUCAUGAGAUUAUUGCGCUUCACUCUGCUGGCCAGAAGGACGGUGCGCAGAAUUACCCUCAGUGCUUGAACUUGGAGGUUACUGGUGGUGGCAGUGCGGCGCCCGAGGGUACCCUUGGUGAGGCUUUGUAUACUGAUUCUGACCCGGGUAUUCUGGUUAAUAUUUAUACUGCGCUGAGUAGCUAUACUAUCCCCGGACCGGCGCUGUAUAGCUCUUAA